AUGGCAGCAAAUGAAACAACAGCAAACGGUGGGAUACCGAAUGGCAAGGCGUCAAUCCACGAGAAGUAUACCAUCGGGAAUGCGAUACUCGAGCCAGCGGUACACCAUGAAUCGUUUGAGAAACUAUGGGAAACUAAAUGGAAAGCGCCUUGCACAAUGGGAGUCUAUCCAUUUAUGUUUGGUACCGUAAAGGACUUUGAGCCAGUUGCGCAGGAGAUCAUCAAAAAAGGGCUGAAAGAGCCGUACGACUGGGACGAGUAUGCAGAGAUGUUCUUCCCCAAGGCUCAGGAACUAUCCGAGAUCGCAGCGAGGGCAGAGAAGGCGGGUGAGAAGGAAAUGGCUUCGGAAUACUACCUCCGAAGCUCAGCAUUGUAUCGCAUCGCCCGGUUCCCGGCUCCUCGGUCAGAAAAACAGCGUCUCGCCUGGACUCUCGGCAAAGAAGCCUUCUACAAAGGCGGAGCUCUGAUGGAAUAUCCCAUCCGCGAGGUAGAGAUCCCUCACCUUCAUCGAGAUGAUUCUGAAGGCCACACCAUCCCUGUGAACUUCCUUCUGCCACCCGGGGCUUCACCUCAGCGCCCGGCCCCCGUAAUGAUGAUAUUUACAGGCCUCGACGGCUAUCGCACCGAGCUAGCAGUCUGGCAGCGCGGCUGGCUCGAGAAGGGCGUGGCGACAAUGGUCGUCGAAAUCCCAGGGACGGGCGACUCUCCAGCGGCCAAGAAAGACCCUACAAGCCCUGAUCGACAGUGGUCCAGCGUCCUGGACUGGAUCGACGGACAGGUGGAUCUGGACAGCAAGAGAGUCGUUGUCUGGGGUUUCUCCACGGGCGGGUACUACUCGCUGCGGGUGGCCCAUACACACGCGGAUCGGUUGUUGGGCAGCAUCAGCUUGGGAGGCGGGGCGCACCACAUGUUUGACCGCGAGUGGCUGACGCAUGUCAACAAGUUGGAGUAUCCCUUUGACUUGGCUGACACCCUGGCGUACAAGUUCGGCUAUGGGGACUUGGAAUCGUUUAUUCAGGAGGCGCACAAGUUCUCCCUAGUCAAUGAUGGAACGCUGGACGGGCCCUGUUGCAGGAACAUGUUGCUCGUCAAUGGGCAGAACGACGAGAUCUUUCCGAUCGAGGACCUGCAUGUGGCUUUGCGGCAUGGGAUGCCAAAGUCAGCGAGGGUGAUCGAGGGGCGCAAGCAUAUGGGUGAGCCGGAGAGCUUUUUCGUGAUCCUGCGAUGGAUCCAUGACUUGCUGGGCCUAGACGGGGAUAUUGCGGCUCAGAUGAAGUUGUUGCCGUCAAGAACCAAGUACUGA